GGGCACUCACAGCGCUGCGCUUCCGGGCGCCAUGUCUUCCAGUUCCGGGUGAGCAAUGGCGGCGGGCGGCAGCGACCCGCGCACUGCGGAUGUGGAGGAGGACGCCUCGCAGCUCGUCUUCCCCAAAGAAUUCGAAACGGCAGAAACCCUGCUGAACUCAGAGGUCCAUAUGCUUCUGGAGCAUCGCAAGCAGCAGAACGAGAGCGCGGAGGAUGAGCAGGAGCUGUCCGAAGUCUUCAUGAAAACCCUGAAUUACACAGCGCGGUUCAGCCGCUUCAAGAACAGGGAGACCAUCGCCAGCGUCCGCAGCUUGCUGCUCCAGAAGAAGCUCCAUAAGUUUGAACUGGCGUGUUUAGCCAAUUUAUGCCCUGAGACUGCUGAGGAAGCCAAAGCUUUGAUUCCCAGCCUCGAGGGCCGGUUUGAAGAUGAGGAAUUACAGCAGAUUCUUGACGAUAUUCAGACCAAACGCAGCUUCCAGUACUGAAGCUGAGCACCAAAAGCUGCCCUGAUACGCUCAGUUGUUUUGUAUUAUUCCCCUUAGCGUAAAUUAAAAAAGAUGUUUCUAAGAUAUUAAAAGAUAUUUCUAAUUAA